AUGUCCAUCAAUUUAAUGAGGUCGUGUUCAAAACAGACCCACUUGACAGCUGUCUUCUGUAUAACACCAAGGAGCAAGCGAUGCAUAGAAAAGUUCCUGGAUUAACGCAGAAUUAGCACAAAGCAGAGACGCCACCUCAGCCCAACGUUGCAACUAGCAGAGAGAGGAAACGAUUGAGGGAGAAGCAGUGUGCACCAGAAACUAAGACACAUACCCCAGCAGCUCAAGACGAGUUCCAGAGAGCACAGAGACAGGCCAGGACGGGCAUCCUUCCGGAAAGGGGACCCACGCCGAAGAGAGCUUCAAAAGCAUGGCGGAAAAACAAUUUUCUGGCAUAUUGAACGGAGCAGUUCCAGGAGAGCCAGUAAAGAAAGAUGAAAACUCCAGAAGGGGAAACUGGGGCAACCAGAUUGAGUUUGUCCUCACCAGUGUUGGCUAUGCAGUGGGUCUGGGAAAUGUCUGGAGGUUUCCUUACCUCUGCUACAGGAAUGGAGGAGGUGCCUUCAUGUUCCCAUACUUCAUCAUGCUGGUGUUUUGUGGCAUCCCUCUGUUCUUCUUGGAGCUCUCCUUUGGGCAGUUUACCUCCCUCGGGUGCCUGGGAGUCUGGAAGGUCAGCCCCAUGUUUAAAGGUGUGGGUUAUGGAAUGAUGGUGGUCUCUACCUACAUUGGGAUUUACUACAAUGUGGUGAUUUGCAUUGCAUUUUAUUACUUCUUCAUGUCCAUGACAAACCUGCUGCCCUGGACGUACUGUAACAACCCCUGGAACACCCCUGACUGCACUGGAGUGAUGGGCACUCCACGAACUAAUGCCACCUUCGCCAAUGUGUCUGCUGUUGUGUCAGGGUUGACUGAGAUAGUCAACCGCACAAAAAGGACCAGUCCUAGUGAAGAGUACUGGAGGAACUAUGUGCUGAAUGUCUCUGAUGGUAUUGGGAACUUCGGAGAGGUGCGUCUACCUAUCCUGGGCUGUCUGGCUGUGUCAUGGGUAGUUGUGUUCCUCUGUCUUAUUCGAGGAGUCAAGUCAUCCGGCAAGGUGGUGUAUUUCACAGCAACCUUCCCUUAUGUGGUGCUGACCAUUCUUUUCAUCAGAGGAAUCACUCUGGAGGGAGCCAUCAGUGGUAUCAAAUACUAUUUGACCCCUCAGUGGGAGAAAAUUCUAGAUGCCAAGGUAUGGGGGGACGCUGCCUCUCAGAUUUUCUAUUCGCUGGGCUGUGCCUGGGGUGGCCUUAUCACCAUGGCAUCAUAUAACAAGUUCCAUAAUAACUGUUUUAGAGACAGUAUCAUCAUCAGUGUAACAAACUGUGGUACCAGCGUGUAUGCUGGCUUUGUUAUUUUCUCCAUCCUGGGAUUCAUGGCUAAUCAUCUGGGGGUGGAUGUGUCAGAGGUGGCCGAUCAUGGGCCAGGCCUGGCAUUUGUGGCCUACCCGGAGGCCCUAACAUUGCUGCCCAUAUCACCGCUCUGGUCUCUGCUGUUCUUCUUUAUGCUUAUUUUAUUGGGCCUAGGCACUCAGUUCUGUCUGCUGGAGACUCUGGUGACGGCUGUAGUUGAUGAGAUUGGAACUGACUGGAUUAUCAAAAAUAAGACCUAUGUCACGCUGGGAGUCGCCAUAGUAGGAUUCCUCCUGGGAGUGCCGCUCACCACACAGGCAGGAAUAUACUGGUUGCUGCUUAUGGACAACUACGCUGCCAGUUUCUCUCUGGUCGUCAUCUCUUGCAUCAUGUGUAUCUGUAUAAUGUAUGUCUAUGGUCACAAGAACUAUUUUAAAGAUGUGGAAAUGAUGCUAGGCUUUCCUCCUCCGCUCUUCUUCAGGAUCUGCUGGAGAUAUGUGUCUCCUUUCAUUAUUACUUUCAUUCUGAUUUUUACCGUGAUACAGUACAAGCCUAUUACCUACAAUGACUAUGUCUACCCAAGGUGGUCAUUGGUCAUUGGGUUUGCCAUGGCUUUGUCUUCAGUCAUCUGUAUACCUAUCUAUGCUCUGUUCAAGAUUGCUGUGUCUGAAGGAUCCACAUUUUUAGAGCGUUUGAAGAACUCCGUGAAGCCCGACCCGGACUGGGGUCCAGCUCUCCAGGAGCACCGCAAGGGCCGAUACGCCACUGCGGGCCCCGAAUCUGUGGAGGUGUGCCCUCUCAAAGAAGAGCUGAAGGACGAGGGGAAAGAGAAACUCAAGGAGAAAGAGACGGAGCAAAAGGAUGAGAUGGGUUUGACCAUCACAGGAAGCAACGGCUCCACAUUAAACCCCACACCCAGCGCAUAGAGGAGCCCUUCCCCACCCUCCUCCCAGGACAGUUCCCAUUCCCUCACUGCGGGACAGGCCACUCUCGCUGGAGACCUUUACAUAUUGUAAGGGCUUUAUGAAAUCUAACCUCUAGAGAAAUUGGUUGUCAUCCAAAACCUUUUUCUUUUUGUUCGCAUAAUUUAAUACUGCAGUUUUUUUUAAAAGACAAGAAAAAAGACAUGUUCAUUUACAGGAGGUGUUUGCAUACACGCAGUGUGUAUAUAGUGCAUUGUACAAUAUUUUCACUCUGUGUUGAGUAGUCUGGAAAUGUGACUGUUGCAGCAGCAGGAGCUACAGUGGGAUUUGGCUUGUGCGUGUGUAUAGUGGCGGCAGUGCUGGUCAGGUUUAAUAGCUGAAGACCAAAUAUUCUUUGUGGCGAUGUUGUAAUGGGGAGUGUUAUUUUCAGUUUCUGUUUUAUACCCAUUUUCUUGUUUGGGAACCAUCUCAUUCACAAGACAGUAUGGGUUUUUCAAUGGCCAAUGUUGGUGUCUGAGAGCAGGGUGGCUGAUAUUCAAUGUAAUGCCAGUAUAUGAUAUAAUACAUGUUAAAUGACCUUUUAACACUGUAUUAACUCCAGAUCCACCUAAAACUACAAAACAGAACAUGUCUAUUAUCCUUUGACUAGACUACCAGUAAAUUUGGGAGCUAACACUUUCGUUAAUCAGCCAAGUAAACUAGCUGAUACUAAUAAAUAAGCAUAGGCAAAGAGAAUAUCAACUUUAUUUCCAAUUAAAUGAGAGCACAAAUAUAAAACAAAGGAUAUUUGGUCUUAAGCUCUUACUGACUGAGGUAUCUGGACCGAGGCAUAUCACUUCUCAAGCCCAUUCUCAGGGUUACACACAGUUUGCUUUUUUGCAAAACAUUUUCCAACACCUUGAGAUGAUUUGUUGCUGAUGUUGAGAAUUGGACAUGAAGGAGAGGGGUUUUCAUGUAGGAACUUCCACAUGAAAUGCCCAAUCUGUCUUGUCUUCCGGGCAUCUCAAGUCGAGGCAUCUCCUGAGCGAGGGGAGCAUGUGUGCGAUAACAGAAGCAGCUAGUUCCUCAUUAGAUUCAGUACUGUAGUAUGCACACUAACCCCGCUCUACACGGAAAAAGAGGCAUGUUACCAAAAACAUGUGCACAAACCUUUGUGUUCUGAUUUAGUUGGUAUGUUUGUGUCUGUGUGUAUUUUUUGUUGUCUGUGUUAAGAGACUUGAACUGGUGUGUAUGUGUCAUUUAAAGGCAUCUGGCUGUGCUGAGCUGAACGGUCGUGUCAUCGAACACUGAAAUAAGGGGUAAGGUUGCAUGUGGAAUGACCAGAAGUAAACGUAGCAUAAGUCAAAAUCACUGUGGUUAAUGGAAUUUUUUCCUCGUAUUGUAAAAUAAUGUGAAAUAGACUUGCAAGACAAAUAAAAGACCAAACCAUCCCAUUUACGCAAUAGAAACCACAGAAUUUGAUGUUAAUAUGGUGCAUUUUGUUUUGUUUUGGUUUUGAAGGCAAUAGAGAGGGGAAGAUACUGGUAUGGAGAGUUAUGUUCAUAUUUUUGGUAUGGUUAGAUGCCGCAUGUCAUUUCAUUCCAGUGACAUUUCAACAAGGCCCCUUUACUUACGAUGCAUACGGUUAUAGUGGCACAUGUACAUGGAUAAAGAGUCCUGGUUACACUGUGAAUUUGUCUGGGAUGUUGCCUGACUCAUUUUAACAGGGAGGCUGACAAUACAGCUGCUAAUGUGCUGACACGUCAUGUAUUGAGACUUGUGAUUAAACAGUGAAUUUUGAUAAUACAAAGUCUCAGCUUUCAAAUUAGCUUAAUUUUAACAUAUCACUGUUUGCUAUAGCUGCCUCAGUUUAAAAUCAGCGUGAAGCACGCGUGAACCGAUCAGCUCUUUUUCUUUACUACUGGUUAUAGCACGAAAAAAUAAAUGAAUCAGAAGGUAUGUUGAAAGAUGCAGUACAACUUACUGAAUGUGUCGUCUCUCAUGUAAUCGUGUUUCACUCGCGAAAAGAUGUGAAUAAAACUGCUUGUGAACGUCACCUGACGUUACAUUUACCUCAGAAAAGUAAUUCAGUGUCAAUUGCUCGAGGGGAAAAAAAACUUCGUAAUUAUAAAAUCGUAAAUAUAAAAGUAUGCUUGAAUAAAUCACCAGAUUCUAUCAAAAAAUAUAUGCAAAUUGUUUGGAAUUUAGAUGUCAUUUUCUCAAGUUUUUGUGGCAGCGCCAUUUAAUUAUAUUUCAGCAAAGGAUCAUAAACAAUUUUUUUUAUAUUUUUGAAAGCUUUCUUAUAUAUGUUUGAGACUUUUCUUUCAGUGCAUAAAACUCUAGACUCUAAACUCUGACUCAAAAUGAUGGAGCAGGUCACAGAUAAAGUCAGUACUCAAAAACCUGAUGGCAUAAUAGUCUACAUCUUUGUGAUAUGUACAUUUCAUUAAUUUCUGCAUGAAGGUAUGAUAUAUAUAUUUUUAAGAUUUUAUCCAAAAAUAUACAAAACACAAAUCUAACUUUAAGAAGUAGGGAAAAAAGAGAGAAGAAUAAAAGUAACCCUACUGCCUAACAGGAGGUU